AAAAGAUUCGCCGUUAUUAUGCCGUCUAAAGGCGUGAAAUGCUUUGCCUAUAUCGCCGUCGGUGGCAUCGAAAUUGAGUUCUCGGUGCCAAAGCAAAGCGUCAAAAGAAACAGUCCACACCAAUUCACAACUGACCACCUGGAAGUCGACCUCAAAAACCUGGGCCGCUUCAAAUUUGCUGGAAAUUUUGCGUUCGUCGUGCGGCGCGACGGUCGAGAAUUGACCAAGCAAUCAGUCAACGUGAAUGUCCUGACCGGGCGUCUCGAGAGCGGGACCAUGAUCACCAUGGACCAGACCCCAAGUGUACUUGUGGAGGAUGUGAUUAUAUGUUACGGAUUCUACGAUGCUGGGCCGGGCGUCGCGGAGCUGCCAAAACAACACCAGUGUUAUGUGACAGUGACGAAGAAUUCACACGAUAUUGGCAUGAACAGUAUGCAAACCAGUCUCGAGCUACUGAAGAACGCUGGGACAGGCAUCAUCAAGGAGAUUUUGGGGAAGAGCUUACCAGCUCCGCUCGAAGUCUUGAACAAGGUGUCUAAUGGAGCGAUAAAUCGCAUCGCGCCAAACAUUAUCCGCGCCCUGGCCGUUACGCAGAAAGACACCUUAGCCACGAUCCUCAAAAUCGGAGCGAGAUACUUUGAAUUUAGACCCGCCAAAUGCCAUCGCGAGAUUCAGAAAGUCAGCCCACUGGCAGACACAUGGUAUUUCCAACACGGCGCGAUCCCAGGGAUGUCCUACAAACAGUUCCUCUCCGACAUCAUCCAGUUCCUGCAAGACCACAGCGAUGAGAUCGUCGUUGUGCAAAACCGAUGGGACGGUGUGCCUCAAGAUUGUCCAAAGCCCAACGACGAUGAUCUGAGAAACAUCUUGAAUGAUGUACUCAAAGACAAAGAAAUUCAGGUCGGCAACCAGGACGACAUGAUGCGGAAGAGUAUCCGAGAUCUUCGCGCCGAGAAGAAAAGACUUAUCGUCCUGCGCGACGUGAAUCAGGUCUCCAACUACGAUGACGCGGCAAACGCUACACUGACUGGCGACUCCAUGGUUGUCAAGUUGAACGAUAUGUCGCAGCAUCCUCCGCAGGGCCAUCCGAUCACACUUCUGCAAUGCCAGGCGACCGCGACGAAUAUCCGAGACGUUAUCGUGGCGAGCGUGCUUGAUUCGGAUGUCAGUACUAGUCCAAUAUUGGCGACGAAGCCAGUGUGCGACAGCAAGAUUUUGCCACUGUUAAGUGGUGAUACGGGGAAGAACUUGGUGAAGGAGGAGAGUGUCGUUGUGUUAUUGAACGACUUCUUCGAUGGAGCGACAGCAGAUGUAGCUAUUAAUCUCUGUAGAGAUAGGUUGGGAUGAUGUCAGAAUAUAUCUGGCUGAGUCUCAAUCACUCGAACAUGGCGCUCUUGUUCCAGUGAACGCCAGUAUUACAUCUGUUCGUUGUGACCAUACCAAAGCUGAAUUUCAUCGGGGCAAUAAAUCUCGAUCGAUGACCUGCGGCACCCUCUCAGUUUUCUGCACAGCCUUACGACAUCGUAUAGUAGUGAAAAAGUUUUGCAAAGGGGGAUUGCAGGCCAUAAAGGCCUGCUGGAAUGGUUUCAACGUGUUGUUCACGCGAGUCCUUCCUCUAGCAUGCACCAUAUAGCUACUCCUGCAAGCCUUCCUGCGUGCCAGUAUAAUACACCUUCCAUGCAUAUGAUACAUAUACGAUACAGUACACGCAGCCCUCACUUGAUCUUCUUGUUCUUCAACUUGAUCGUCUCCCCGUUUACGAAGAUACCCUUGCCCUUGUAUGGCUCCGGCUUCCUCCAUUUUUUUAUGUUGGCUGCAAACUGCAUAACCACCUCUU